UUUUCAUCACACUAUUAUAAUUUAAACAUUGUAGAUAACGAUGCUUGAGAUUGUAGUUUAUAGCGAUUGCGUGGAGGGACGUUUGGCUCGUUUGCUUUGGGGUUAUGGAAAGUUUAAUAACGCCACAUUGUCUCUAUCAUCAACGAGAACGGAAACUUUGGUUAAAGAGAAUGGAGAACAAUCAUUAAAACAAUGGCCUGACAUUAUUGAGAUCGCCGUGAAAGGAGCUUCGACGGAAGAUGUGCUUGUGCCUCCUACACCGGAUCAGAAGAAUAAAAUGUAUUCAUGGAUUGAUUUUGCAUUUCAACGAAAUUUUAUGAUCAACCAAAAGGAUAGCUUAAAGAUAUUGAAUGUAUAUCUUGAACCGAAUACAUUUUUAGUUGGGAAUAAUGUCACCCUUGCUGACCUUGUUGCAUAUGUUUCUAUUCACAGUUGGAUGCUGAUGUCGGAGCCUCAUGACCGCAUAGAAUUUUCUAAUAUCGUCAGGUGGUUCGAUCACAUACAGCAUCUUCCGGGCAUAGUAAACACAUUUAAAGACCUACCAUUAGUAGUGGUGGAUAAAGACAUGGAUUUAGUUACGGCUGUGAUGGACAACGUUACUGUUACUGCCCCUUCGGCCAAAAACCCUACAAAGGGCGCAAUAGAUGCUAAAUCUAAAAAAGAGAAGUCUCCAAAACCCGUUGUUGAUGAGAGGCCGAUUGCUGAUGUUAGCCGUUUAAAUAUUAGGGUUGGCCAAGUAAUGUCUGUGGAUCGCCACCCAGAAGCCGAUCGCCUUUACUGUCUUAAGAUAGAUCUAGGAGAGCCUGAAUUGCGAGAUAUAUGUUCGGGAUUGGUCGGCUACUUGCAACCAGAUGAAAUUAUGUCAAAGUAUGUAUGUGUUCUGUCCAACAUGAAGCCUAAAAAUUUACGUGGGCGAGUGUCUAACGGCAUGGUUUUGUGUGUCUCUAAUGCUGAUCACACCCAAAUAGAGCUAUUACACCCGGCGAAUGGAACUCCUAUUGGCGAACGUGUCACGAUUGAAGGAUUUGACGGAGAACCUGAUGCUGUACUCAGUACCAAGACAGGCAAAGAUCCGUUCGUGGCGGUUCAGCCGGAUUUCAACUGCAGGGAUACUAUCGCCUAUUACAAGGAUCACCGAUUUAUGACCACUUUAGGGCCGUGUCAUUGCAAUUCAUUUACAUCAGGAACAAUAUCAUGACAACUAUUAUUUAACAAUGUUGCAAUAUUUUUCACCA